AUGCUUCCGUCUGCAGCCGAACUCGUUGCGCGGUACCUGAGAGCAAACGGGUACACGCAGACUUUGAACAGCUUCAUGCAAGAAGCUGACCUACCUUCUGACACGGGCUCAGCUUCUGGUAGUACGAUCACAAUAGAGUCCAUAUUGCAAGAAAAGAAGACAUUCGAUCUGAGCCUAAACUUCGAGAAGCUUGGGGUCGACGAUAGUGAGCGAGGAUGGACCGUCCAGGCGCCUGUUGAGCCAAGAGUGGUGGAGUCGUUACCGAAUCGUUCCAACAUACUCAGUGUGUCGGUUCUCGAUCUCAUGCUACCAUCAACGGCGGAGAUCCAACAAUAUGUUGCCGUCACUACGGCCGAUCGUCGACUGCACCUGUUGGAUCCGAGCUCACAUGCGCUUGACUGUGUUCAUACUAUUUCCAGUUUCCAGGACUCACCAACUCUAGACGUCGUUCCAGUGGAUUCCAGGCGUCUACUCGUUGCUUCAAUGUCUGGAAAGUUGACACUGUUUGAUACAGCGGCCAACGAAGUAUUGGAGCAACGUAAAGACCACUCUAAGUAUUUAGUCAAAUUGUCCACUUGGGCUUCGGAAGGCAGAUCCAUGCUUGUUGCUAGUGCAGGAUGGGACGCUAAAGUAGUCCUAUACCAAAUCGAUAGCAGCAUUGAAUACUCACGCCUUGGAGAUCCGAUAGCUACGUUGACAUUACCGAGCAUCCCUGAAUCGACCGUAUUUGUCAGCUUACCGGGAGAUAGUACGCCAGUUCUGGUUGUCGCCUGUAGAGACUCUACAUUCCUACACUAUUACGCUGUGCCGAGCCCAGAGUCACCAACGUUCACCUUGAUCGGCAAGCAAAAUCUCGCUCCACAUUCCAAUGCGUGGGUCGCAUUUACGCCAUCCGAUGUGCAGGUCUGCCCCACGAAUCCAUACCUUGUCGCGAUCGCAACUUCUAGUACACCGCAUAUGAAGCUAUUGAUAGUAAAGCUUUUGCUUCCUCCUACUCGAUCUUCGGUAUCGGAUACAGAAACUACUUCAGGACUGGAUGGAUCCUUGACACAAGCGUCGCAAGCCAGGGCUGAAUUGCUCGUUGCAGACAAAGAGGAAUCAGCUAUACUAGUCAACGUUUCCACUCUAGCACCACAAACUUCUUACUCUACGCCACGCCUAGUAUGGCGUCCUGACGGCUCUGGAGUAUAUGUGAGCUCUGACGAUGGAGUAGUUCGUGGUAUUGAGACCAAGAGCGGAAAGUUGAUUUCAUCGUUGAAGGCACAUGAACCUGGAUCGAAGCUACGAUGCCUCUGGUCAGGCCAAAUGGUAGGACCCAGCUCUAAUCAAUCAGACGUCAACAACAAAGUCGAGCAUUUGAUCUCCGGCGGUUUCGAUCAGAAGCUUAUCAUCUGGACGUCAUGUUGA